GUGAGCAACAUCUAUUGAAGUUCAAAAUAUUACCAUCUUACUGAUCACUUCAUUUGAACACAAAGAACACAGUUCAGCUUGAAAAAAAAUAUAUAUUUUAUUUCUUUCAAUUGUGGUUUAUAAACUUUCUAUAUCAAUAAGAAACUUUAACCCUUUCUUGUGAGCUGUAAAUUUCCAUGGAGUCAGUAGAACGUCAAAUGGAGCGAAUGCAUAAAGAUGCCGAAGCUUGUCAAUUACAGCUUCUGGGUGCCUUUGAGCAUAUGAACCGAGAAAUAGGGCAUUUCCAGCAGAUGAACAUGGAAGAUGUGAGUGCAUUUGAAACACAGUGGGCAGAAAUGGUCAAAUUGGUGAAAGACUAUCAACAGAGCAACGAGCAAGCAGAAAAGAUGCUGGGUGUAAGAGAGUCUAGUCUGCACGUGGCUGAAGUAGAAUUAGGAUGGUACAAACAGAGGUGUGUUCAGCUGCAGGCCACAAUAGACGAACUGGCCGACACUUUGGAGGAGGAGAUUGAAAAACGAGAGGCCACUCAGCAGAGUGUUUCGGAUUGGAGCCGCUGCCACGAGGAUACAAAAUUUAAACUCUUCGAGCACUUCAAGCUGCUGCAGAACUCCUUUCAACAGCUCAAGACAACCACAGAAAAAGAUUUGGAGAACCAAAAGAGUCAGAAUAAAUUCACCAACUUCAAACUGACAUUUGCAAUUGAGAGAUACGCUGCCAAUGUUGAGAAAGAGAAGAAGGAACUGCAGCAGAAAAUAGAUCAGACGAAUGAGGAAAAUGAACUUCUGAAGGGAGAACUCAAAAAAGCACAGGCUGAAUUGGCAGAGUGGAAAACCGAAUACUUUGUAAAGUCAAAAGAAGAAAACAUAAAUAGACUCGAAGAACAGUACCAGUCCAGGGUUGAUGCAAAACAAGAUGACUCAAUAGUCUCCCCAAAUGAAGUUUCCUGUUCAAAGAAGCUUGAAAAAUACAACAAAGCUCUUCGUCAAAUCUCUCAGCUGGUCUCAGCCAACAGUAGUGAGAUUUCACUCUCUCAUAUUCUAAAUCAAAUCGCACCUAGUUCUUCUUCAGACGAAGAUUAUGCAGAAAACGUAGUGGAGGCAGUCGACCAAUUCAUCUUUAAAAACAACUGUGCAAGAAGUACAUUCGAGUCGAGUCUGAAAGAGUACGAGGUCAAAGUGGAUCAACUGGAGAGUGACCUCAAAAGAGAGCUAGGCACAGACUACUCAGUGAAGAAGGAAGUGCAGCUGCUGAAAAAGAGUCUAGAUAGUAAUAAGAAGAGCAGAGAUGAGUUGGCGAGAGAGGUGACCAAGUUGAAGAAAGAGAUCAACCGACUCAACACAGACAACCAGAUCCUAACAGAAAAGAACACCAAACUGAAGUCAAAAGAGACCUCACUUGACUCCAUGGUGGCCCAGCUGAAGACAGAACUGCACUCUAUAACUACAGAGAAGGGACUGACAGAUAGUGAGAACAAUUCACUCAUGCAAGAAGUACACAUUCUGAAGAAGAACUUACACCAUGCUGAAGACAAAUCGGAGCUGCUACUGGUUGAAAUUCAGAGACUUAAGGACCAAUCAGCGUUGAAGGAUGCUUCUCUGUUCGACAUGGAACACCAGGCGGAGAAGACUGAGAUGUACAAGGACGAUGAGAAGCUGAAACUGAAACACAGACUCGGCUGUGUAGAUCCACAACUGCCACUAGACGUGCAACUAUUGUUCUACAAAUAAUAUUUUUUACAUAAAAUCAUUCGAAUUUAUAGUUAAAAUUUAUAUAUUG